AUGGACAACAUCGACGAGGAAUAUGACCGGCUCGUUGAACACCUUCGCGACUGCGCGAAGAAGGCUGAGAGUUCUAAAACCACCAAGAGACGCCUGUCUCUUGAAACUCUUGAGCUGAUACGCCAGCGUGGAGCAGCACGAGCCGCAGGGAACCAAGAACUCACGUCCGUGCUCGCAAGGCUUUGCAGAAAGGCGAUAAAAGAAGACCUUAAAGAGAGAAGAGCAGAAGUGCUGGCUGAAGCUGCAGAGGCGGGGAAAAGCAUCCGCUAUGCCCGUCGAGACUUCGCCAGUCGCAAGACGAGGAUGACUGCUCUCCGAAACCCGAAGGGAACAGCCAUUACGUCGAGAAGGGGGAUGGAGAAAAUCAUCUACGACUUCUACUCCGAUCUCUUCGACAACCAUGUCCACUUGCCUCCUCACCAUCUGAGGGAAGACGGACAUGUCAUUCCAGAGGUUCUCCCGUCCGAAAUACGACAUGCUAUCAUGUCGGUAAGAAAUCGUACGGCACCCGGUCCCGACAGAAUAAGACCAGAACAACUGAAGAGCCUUCCGCCAGUACUCAUCAACACCCUGGCGAGGCUCUUUACACGUUACCUGUCGGAAUGCAAGGUUCCUAAACAGUGGAAGACCAGCAAGACUGUGUUGCUGUAUAAAAAGGGAGAUCCAGAUGACAUCGGCAAAUAUCGCCCAAUCUGCUUACUGUCCGUCAUCUACAAGCUCUUUACAAGAGUGAUCCUUAAUAGGAUUGAAAAAGUCUUGGAUGAAGGACAGUCAUGCGAGCAAGCAGGGUUUCGAAAAGGAUUCAGCACGAUUGACCACAUUCACACUGUUUCGAAACUCAUCGAGGUAUCACGAGAGUACAACAUGCCGCUCUGUCUCACCUUCAUCGAUUUAAAGAAGGCCUUCGACUCAGUUGAGACGGAAGCGGUCGUGGAAGCCUUGGACAAUCAAGGCGACAAUCACCGAUGCAUCCACAUGUUUCGUCGAAUUCGGUCAGCAUUCGUAAGUUGGAAUGGGACGACAUGGGAGUGA